UCGGCCACGCGCGUCACGAGCGACACCGGAAGUUGCCAGCCGAACAAUUGCCAUGAGCGCAUGCGAGUAACUUAGCGACAAAGAAGAAAAAAGCCACACAGGAGUUCCAUUAACGUCGACGCCCCGCGCCUCGGUGAAACAACGAAUGUUGCCGCCAUGGAAGGAGCUGUCAAACUCGUCACUCUGUCAGUCGUCUUCAUGGCGUCGCAGAUAAACUGCCAAGAAGCAAUUCUGGACAUUUCAAAUGGAAGUAUAAAUAGGGAGUACUGCAUCGUCCACAAUCACUCCUGGACCCCACUGUCACAAACACUCGAUGCUGCUACGCAGUAUCCAUUGGUGAAUAUGACCUCAACUGUGCUGUGUAACAGCUCAGGGGUUAGUCCAGACGUGGUAAAUGGCAAAGCACUGGUGGUGAUGAGGGGGGACUGUAGUUUCAGCCAUAAAGCUCUGGUUGCUCAGAGCCUCGGAGUCACAACUUUGCUAAUUGCCUCCAACACAUCAUUGACCACGCCGUCAGCCAAUGACUCAGAGUAUGCAAAGGUCCAUAUUCCUCUGGCUCUCAUGAGGUACAGGGAUUUCCUUGGAGCACAGCAGGUGAUGGGUAAAGAGAUGCUAGUGAAGCUGUAUGCUCCACCUCACUCAAAGAUUGAUCCAAGCUUAGCAGUCAUCCUACUGAUAUCAAUCGUCACGGUUGCCUUGGGCAGCUACUGGAGUGGGGCGUGUGAGAGAGAGCGGUUGAAUAGUGGUGCGACGGGGGGAGGAGGAGGGGGAGAAAACAAAGCAGACAGCGGAGAGCUUUCCCUGUACUCUCCUAUCAAAGUGGUUGCCUUUGUCGCCAUGAUGUGUGGGAUGCUGGUCCUCAUGUACUUCUUCUACAAUGUCCUUGUUUACAUCAUUAUUGCUAUAUUCUGCCUGGCGUCUGCCUCUGCACUGUUCAGCUGCCUUGACGCAGUGAUGGAAUUAAUUGGCUGUGGCACUGUGAGCUUUUCUGUCCGAAAUUGGAACUUCUCAGUGAGGUCCCUCAUACUGGCUGCUGUGUGUGUUAGCAUUGCCGUGGUCUGGGGAGUCUACAGAAAUGAAGACAGAUGGAUCUGGAUCUUGCAGGACCUGCUCGGCAUUGCUUUCUGCCUCAACUUCAUGAAGACAAUUUCUCUGUCCAAUUUCAAGAUCUGUGUGAUUCUGCUGAGCCUCCUGCUUGUGUAUGACGUGUUCUUCGUUUUCAUUACUCCUUUCUUCACCAAGAAUGGCGUUAGCAUUAUGGUGCAGGUUGCCCUGGGUCCAGAUGCAUCUGGGGAGAAGGCGCAAGGUAACAUGGUCGAAGUCCCCGCUGAACCCCAGGCUCCCUCUGAGAAACUGCCGGUGGUGAUGCGUGUCCCGCGGUUCUCAGCCUGGGCUCAGAACCUGUGUGGGAUGCAGUUCUCCAUCCUAGGUUACGGAGAUAUCAUUGUUCCAGGUCUCCUGGUGGCCUACUGCAGCCGGUUUGAUGUUUGGAUCAACAGUAGAAAGAAGAUCUACUUUGUCAGCUGCUGCAUCGCCUAUCUGCUCGGAAUGAUCCUGACAUUUGCCGUGAUGCUGCUGUCAGGGAUGGGCCAGCCUGCUCUACUCUACCUGGUGCCCUUCACCUUGAUCACAUCCGCUGUGGUCGCCUGGUGCCGGGGAGAGAUGAAACAGUUCUGGGCCGGAACAACUUAUGAGGUCUUGGACUCCUCCAGGGAACCGUUGUUGCAAGAGGGAAGAACUGACUGCUGCGUAGGAGAAAAAUGCUGACCUACAGUGUAGGUCAUGGACCCAACUACUGGAUGCUUUUUUAUAAAUAUAUAUCUCUAUAUUUUUUAAUAUUACAUUUGCAAAGUGAGGGAACCAAUGUUAUUGAUCAACACAUUCUCAACACUUUGUGGGUUAAUUUUGGCUGCUGUGAAUGGUCAGGAAAUUAAUAAAUACAUAAGUAAAACAGAUGUUAGUUGAUUGAGAGGCUUGAUUAGUGCCUGAAAUAUCCGCCAACUUCACGUUCAGAAAGCUGUUAUGACUUUGCCUUGAUGAUGAUGAUGAUGAUAAUGAUGAUGAUUGCACACAGCAAAAUGAGAAAGCACUUUAUAAAAUUUAGCUUGACAGUUCAUUGUGGACAGGGUGGGGAUUAGAGUUUAGGUUACUUGUAGCUACCAAAUGACUCAUUUUGAUAACCAUUGUGGGGUUUCUGUGUAACAUGUUUGUAUGAUGUGAUUUCUUGCAUUGGCUUAUAUAAUAAAUUAACAACUUCUACUUAA